AUGGCAGCAGCUGCCAUUACUAGUACCCUUUUCUCAGUGUUGCUAAUCAACAUUUGCUUAUUACUUGGCUCCGCUUUUGCCGAAGAUCCUUUUGUUAACUACGAAUUUGUAGUUUCCUACAUCACUGCUUCUCCGCUCGGAGUUCCUCAACAGGUAAUUGCUGUAAACGGCAAAUUCCCAGGCCCCACUAUUAAUGUGACAACCAACAACCAUCUUGUUGUCAAUGUGAGAAACAAAUUAGAUGAAAAUCUCCUACUCCACUGGUCUGGAAUACAGCAGAGGAGGAGUUCAUGGCAAGAUGGGGUACUCGGAACAAAUUGCCCAAUCCCUCCGAAAUGGAAUUGGACUUACCAAUUUCAAGUCAAGGACCAAAUUGGAAGUUUCUUUUACUUCCCUUCACUCAAUUUUCAGAGGGCUUCCGGCGGUUUCGGCAGCAUUAUCGUUAACAACAGACCGGUUAUCUCUAUCCCUUUCGACACCCCGUAUGGUGACAUCACUGUUGUCAUCGGUGACUGGUACACGCAGAAUCACACGGCAUUGCGGAAAACUCUUAAUGCGGGUAAAGAACUUGGGAUGCCGGAUGGUGUUCUUGUUAAUGGCAAAGGACCUUACAGAUAUAAUGACACUCUUGUCCCUGCUGGCAUUGACCAUGAAAAAAUUACGGUCGAACCAGGCAAGACUUACAGGAUUCGAGUGAGCAAUGUUGGAAUAUCGACGAGUUUGAACUUCAGAAUACAGAGCCACAACUUGCUACUAACAGAAACAGAGGGGUCUUACACUGUACAGCAAAACUACACUAGCUUAGAUAUUCACGUCGGACAAUCGUAUUCUUUUUUGUUGACAACUGAUCAAAAUGCGAGCAGCGAUUAUUACAUUGUUGCAAGUGCAAGAUUCGUUAAUGAAACUACCUGGCAGAGAGUGACAGGUGUCGCCGUUCUGCACUACACUAAUUCGAAAGGAAAGGCAUCUGGUCCUCUUCCCGAUCCACCUCAAGACCAAUUCGACAGAACCUAUUCCAUGAACCAGGCUAGAUCUAUCAGGUGGAAUGUGUCGGCUAGUGGUGCUCGCCCAAAUCCUCAAGGUUCAUUUAGAUACGGUUCGAUUAAUGUGACUGAAGUAUACGUUCUGGAAAACAAACCGCCAGUGACUAUUGACGGAAAACGGAGAAGUACUUUGAGUGGAAUUUCGUUUGCGAAUCCAGCUACACCUAUAAGGCUUGCUGAUGAAUAUAAAGUGAAGGGUGUUUACAAACUCGACUUUCCAACUCGUCCACUGACAGGUGCACCACGGAUAGGUACAUCGGUGAUUAACGGUACUUACAGAGGAUUUAUGGAAGUUAUAUUGCAGAACAACGAGACUAAGAUGCAUACCUAUCACAUGAGCGGAUACGCCUUUUUUGUUGUCGGCAUGGACUAUGGUGUGUGGACCGAGAAUAGCAGGGGCACGUACAACAAGUGGGAUGGGGUUGCUCGCUCUACAACACAAGUAUAUCCCGGGGCGUGGACUGCAAUAUUGAUAUCAUUGGACAAUGUGGGAGUUUGGAACCUGAGAACGGAAAACCUCGACUCAUGGUAUUUAGGACAAGAGACGUAUGUGCGCGUUGUUAAUCCAGAGCCCAAUAACAAGACGGAGUUUCCAAUGCCGGACAAUGCACUCUUCUGUGGCUCUCUUAGCAAACUCCAGAAGCCACAGGACACGUCUUUUGCAACCUCGAUCAAAUACUGUGGGCUUAACUUGGUCUACACCUCGAUGCUGAUGGUGUCUGCUUUGAUUUCGAUGUUCUAUUGAUAAGUUGAAAUUGGUCUUGCCUGCUUUAUUGUUUUGUCGGAGCGGGAGCCUGUUUGCAUUGUGCCCUUUUUUGCUUACUGAGGAUUGGUGAUGGUGCAUGUGUGAUUCUAGUAUAAAUUGAUAUGAAUUUUUAGCCAAUUUUUUUUUUCUAAGUUAUUUGGAAUUAUCAUUCUUUCAUCACUUUUUAACUAUAUGUAAUGUCUGAGGAUUCAUCAAUUUUUUUUUUCUUUUCCAUUUAACUUGUCUUGUUGCUGCA